AUGGUCCUACCUUGUGCCUUUAAGACUACUGUUUGCAUAUAAAUAGACCAGCCAACAUGAUUCCAAUCCGCACACAACUGAAGAAAAACAAGCUCAACAAUAAUGGCGCCUACCCAAAACGAACCUAGCUCUCAGGAAUUGCUCCAGGCUCAAGUUGACCUUUGGCACCAUGCCUUGGGAUUUGUGAAGUCCAUGGCACUCAAAUGUGCAAUGGAACUGCAAAUUCCUAACACCAUCCAAGGCCAUGGUGGGUCUAUGACCCCUUUAGAGUUGGCCACAAAGAUUGGGCUCCAUCCGUGUAAGCUUCCCCGCUUACGACGACUAAUGCGUGUGCUCACCGUAUUAGGAAUUUUUGUUAUCCAUGAAGCAGCCUCAGCAGACAAGGAGGUUGUUUACGGGCUUACCCCAACCACACGCCUCCUUGUUAGUGAUGAAGUUAAAUCAAACUUAUUCCCCAUUCUGUCUUUGAUGCUUGAUUCAACUAUCAUUUCCCCUUUCCUUGGCAUGCACUCGUGGUUCCUUGAUGAAUGCUCUACAUCCCUGUUCAAAAAGGCUCAUGGCAUUACCUUUUGGGAGAUGGCUGGCCAGCAUGAAACUUACAACCAGUUAAUCAAUAACGCAAUGGUUUCUGAUAGUAAUUUUCUCAUGGAUAUCAUCUUGAGGGAGUGUGGUGAUGUAUUUCUUGGCAUAAACUCACUUAUUGACGUCGCUGGAGGCCAUGGUGGAGCUGCCAGGGCAAUUGCGAAGGCGUUCCCGCACAUGAAAUGCACUGUGUUGGAUCUCCCUCAUGUGGUUGCUGAAGCUCCUACUGAUGGCAAUGUGUCGUUUAUUUCUGGCGACAUGUUUAAGUACAUUCCACCAGCGAAUGCUCUUUUCCUAAAGUGGAUUUUUCAUGAUUGGGGUGAUGAAGACUCUGUGAAGAUAUUGAAAACGUGCAAGGAAGCUAUUCCUCCCAGAGAUGCUGGUGGGAAGGUGAUAAUCGUAGAUAUGGUGGUUGGAUCUGGGCCAAAUGAGAUUGUGACAAGAGAGACACAGGUUUUAUAUGAUCUCUUUAUCAUGUGCAUUGAGGGGAUCGAGCGAGAGGAAUUCAAGUGGAAAAAGAUAUUCAUGGAAGCUGGGUUCAGCGACUACAAGAUCAUGUCAGUUCUCGGUGUUAGAUCUGUUAUUGAGCUCUACCCUUGAACAAAAUGGAAAAUUAAGCGUGAAUUGGUAUUGUAUGUUCACAAACUAGCAUGAACAGCCGAUGUGCUUUCUUGUUGCAAGUCUGUGGCUUAGUGUGAUUAAUAGAUGUACUACCAUAUUGUUUUUUUU